AUGGCUCCUAUCGAGAUUGAACAGGUUACGGCCAUCGACCACGCCGCCCAGCAGGGGGCGACGCAGUGCAACACCCCGGCCGUCUCUGGACAGACGGACCUCCCCUCUGGCUUCCCGAGUCGUUUGGACUCUGCCAUGAGCUGGGCGGGCAGCCAGUACCCGGACCCGAGUUCCUACGCCACGAUCCUGGAGGCCGAGGACCUGAAGGAGCUUGACGAUGGGCUGGAGCACUUCCUAAGCCUCGGACUCGCCGGCGACUUGGUUAGCAAGUCUAACUUCCCUCUCCAGAAGCUUUCAAAGAAGCUCGAGGCCAUGCAGCAUCACGUCUACAACGGCCGCGGAUUUGCACUCCUGCGCGGCUUUGAGGUGGACAAGUACUCGGUGGAAGAUUUUACAACCAUCUUCCUCGGUGUCCAGUGCCAUAUCGGGAACAAAUUCGGUCGCCAGGAUGACAACGGAAACAUGCUGGUCCAUAUUAUCGCCGACAACUCGUCGCCCAUCAAGGCCCAUCACCAUCGUCACUCUACCGCGCCCAUUACUUUCCACAAUGAGGAGGCCGGCGACGUCAUUAGCUGGCUCACACGCAACACUGCUGCCUCUGGCGGCAAGUGCAUCAUUGCUUCUGCCCACACCAUCUACAACGUCCUUGCCGCGACCCGUCCCGACCUGAUCCGCGUGCUCGCCCGCUCUGACUGGCCCUUUGCCCUGCCCAGGUUCCACUGCCGCCCGGUGCUGCAGCAUCACGACGGCAAGGUCAUCUUCAACUUUGGCCGCGCCGCACUCAUGGGCAGCGCCAGCCACCCGCGCCCCGCGUCGCUGCCGAAGCUGACCCCGAUCCAGGUCGAGGCCCUCGACGCCAUCGAGGCCAUCGCCUGCGAGACGCAGCUCGAGAUGCAGACCGCCCCUGGCGACAUCCACUUCAUCAACAACUUUGCCGUGCUGCACCGCCGCGAGGGCUUCGUCGACGGCGAGGCGACCCGCCGCCACCUGGUCCGCAUGCGCCUCCGCGACGACGAGCUCGGCUGGGCCAUCCCUGAGGAGCUCAAGGCCGAGUGGGACGAGACGUUUAGCGACAAGGGCCAGAAGCUGUGGUUCAUCGACCCCAUGCCGCCCGGCUUCUUUCCCCUGCGUAAGGUGCCCAACUAG